AUGUCGCUGCAAACUUGUUCCGCAUCCCAACUAGCCCAACUUCUCGGCCCAAACACAACCAACGCCGAUGCGGCGGCCACGCUAAUCUGCGAUCAGUUCGCCGCCGUGGGGAACAAAUUCACUGACACAGGCUACGCCAUCGACAACACGUACCUCCUCUUCUCCGCGUACCUUGUGUUCUCGAUGCAGCUUGGCUUCGCCAUGCUCUGCGCGGGCUCGGUCCGCGCCAAGAACACCAUGAACAUCAUGCUCACCAACGUGCUCGACGCCGCCGCUGGUGGCCUCUUCUACUACCUCUUCGGCUUCGCCUUCGCCUUCGGCUCCCCCUCCAACGGAUUCAUCGGGAAACACUUCUUCGGCCUCUCAGACCUCCCCUCCCAAACCUUUGACUACAGCAAUUUCCUCUACCAGUGGGCCUUCGCCAUCGCCGCCGCCGGUAUCACCAGCGGCUCCAUCGCGGAGAGAACGCAGUUCGUGGCUUACCUCAUCUACUCAUCCUUCCUCACCGGCUUCGUCUAUCCGGUUGUCUCUCACUGGUUCUGGUCCACGGACGGUUGGGCCUCCGCGUUCAACCUAAACAAUCUCUUAUUCUCCAGCGGCGUAAUCGACUUCGCCGGCUCCGGCGUUGUCCACAUGGUCGGCGGUGUGGCGGGACUCUGGGGCGCGCUUAUCGAGGGUCCCCGAAUCGGCCGAUUCGAUCACGCGGGACGCGCCGUAGCGCUACGUGGCCACAGCGCCUCGUUGGUGGUGCUGGGAACCUUCAUGCUGUGGUUUGGUUGGUACGGUUUUAAUCCUGGUUCGUUCAACAAAAUCUUCGUCCCUUAUGAUAAUAACUCGGGGAGUUACUAUGGUCAAUGGAGCGCGGUUGGGAGAACCGCGGUUACCACAACUCUAGCAGGGUCAACGGCCGCGUUGACCACGCUCUUCGGGAAACGCGUGAUAUCCGGUCACUGGAACGUCACCGACGUCUGCAACGGUUUGUUGGGAGGGUUCGCCGCCAUCACAGCCGGUUGUUCGGUGGUGGAACCGUGGGCGGCUAUCGUGUGUGGUUUUGUGGCGUCCGUUGUCUUGAUCCUGUGCAACAAACUGGCUGAGAGGGUUGGGUUCGACGAUCCGCUAGAGGCGGCGCAGUUGCACGGAGGGUGCGGCGCGUGGGGGGUGAUUUUCACGGCGCUAUUCGCGAAGAAGGAGUACGUGAACCAGAUUUACCGCGGAGACGUGUCGAGGCCGCACGGGUUGUUUAUGGGAGGUGGAGGAAGGUUGCUAGCGGCGCACGUGAUUCAGAUUUUGGUUAUUGUUGGGUGGGUUAGCGCCACCAUGGGACCUCUCUUCUGGGGACUGAAUAAAUUGAAGCUGUUAAGGAUUUCCCCCGAGGACGAACUCGCGGGUAUGGAUCUGACCCGCCAUGGAGGGUUUGCAUACGCGUAUGAGGACGAUGAGACGCAUAGGCAUGGGAUUCAAUUGAGGAAGGUUGAACCCAACGCUUCUACUCCCAACACUCAUGGCUGA